UUUCAGCUUUUGAUCUUCAGAUUCUUUUGAACCACUCCGCAAAAUGUCGAACCAACCGGCACCAACUCGGCCCUGGUUUCGUUUAGCAUCCAUUUCAAGGCCAGCACCAACCUCAACUCCUGAACCAGCUCCAGCUCUGCCAAGUUCAGCCACUAUUGGACCUGCAUUCAGGCUACCAUCUCAAGCUCAACCAAAUGCAGCCGCUCCACCAGCAGCUGCAGGUAGUGUUUCUACGGUUCCACAAUCCCCUGCAGAUAAAAAACCAACGGUUCCGGUCAAUGUAGCAACUUCUUCGGUCCCUAGUUCCACCGUGAAGACCGCGCCAACUACUUCUCCUGUGAAAACAGCAAUAACAUCGUCCUUGCCAUCUUCUCCAGCGAAGCCAGUGGUUACUGAUAAUACCACCGCGAAAGUUUCAUCUGCCAAGAGAGCUCCAACUGGAACAUCAGUGGCAAGUUCCUCAACCCAAAAGCCUGCCUCCUCUGUGACCACCACGACCCGUAUGCCUAGCCCUAAAUCAUCAGUAACAACAAUUAAGCCUGCCAUAAAAAAUGAAAUGCAAUCACCGAAGACCAAACCGCCAAAUGCUGAGGCAGAGCAAAAGCCCAAGGGAUGGCUAUUUGGUGGCACUCGCAAAGCACCAUCCAAGGAAAGCGAGGCAAAGGGCAAGAAGAAUUCUUCUGAAUCCGAGGAUGCAGGAAUGAGGAUCAUAACAAUUACUGGUGAUAAUAAAGGUGCUUUCAUGGAGAUAAACCAAUCAUCCCACCAUAAAAAUGGGUUUCAGGGAAGUCUGUAUCUUCUCGAAAGCGGCAGCAGCAGCCGCGAGGCAGGUGAUCAGAAGAUGAAGGGCAAGAGCAACUCAUCAAAGACAAUGCCUAUGAACGCAUUCAUUAACAGCAAUGUGCAAGGCAUUAAUAACUCAAUUGUGUACAAUUCUUCAUGCGUUUGUCAUGACCCUGGCGUGCACCUUACUCUCUACACAAAACCAACUGUUGGUGGAUUCCACGUCGAGUAAAGCAGCAAUGGCUACCACAGCUACAGAGAAAGCAAAACAUUAAAUUUAAAGGGUUUUAAGUGUUUUUGGUUGUUUGAAUAUACUACUUUCGAGUUGUUUGAGUGACGCCUAAAGGGCAGAUGGAUUCGGAUUCUUCAAUACCACUUUUUCGUGGCGUCUAAUUGAAGAGGAUCCGAGCCCAGAAGGCCCUUUAGAGUUUAGAAUUAUGAGCUAAACUUGGAGUGUAAUAAAAAUGGCGGAUAAAACCCUUGUGUUUGCAAUUCACCAACUGGCUUUUAUAACACCAAUUUUAUUUUAAUUUUGCCUUGUUAGUUUCC